AUGGCUUCGUCCACCCCUUCAACCGCUAAUGAGGGCGCCGCAUCUAGCUCUGGAAUCACGUUCAAAGAGAUGCUCGAGCAUCCGUUGUACAAGCAUUUCCAGGAAAUUAAGAAGAUGUAUGAGGAUAAGGGGAAGGCAAAAGCGGAUAAGGGGAAGGCGGCAGCCGGGGCCAUGGAGGCGAUUGGAGGUGGUCCUACCGGGAAACGGAAGAUUUCGGAUUUCUUCAGCGGAGAGACGGCGGAGGCAAAAUCUAGGGCCGAUGAGGCGAUUUCUUUCUUCUUCGCGGGCCUGCGUAUUCCCGAACACCAUGCUGAUCACCCGCUCUUCCGUAACAUGUUACGGGCGGUGGCCGAGGCGGGCAGCGGCUACGUCCCGCCCGGCCGCAAGUACGUUGGCGGAUCCUGUCUCCAGAAGUGCCGCAUUCGGAUCGAGGAGGGGUUGGCGCCCAUUAAGAAGACUUGGGCGAAGCAGGGGGUCACCAUUGCGAGCGACAUGAUGACCGAUCGCUUGUCGCGUGCACAUGCGAACAUUCUGCUGAUCAACGACGCAGGGGCGAUGUUCACUCAGAGCAUCGACUGUGGAAUGGAGACCAAGACGGGCACCUUCAUUGCUGACAUGCUGAGGCCCAUCAUCACGGAAGUCGGUCUCCAGAAUGUUGUGGCGCUGUGCACGGAUGGGGGGAGCAACUACGGCUCGGCGCGUUGGAUUCUGGGGGCGGAGGGAAACGAGAUGAUCAACUUCCUGCGCAACCAUCAUUGGACCCGUGCCGCUUUGAGGGACCCGACAUUGCCUGGGGGUAAGGUGCUGCAGGCGCUGCGGCCGGCCGGCACUCGGUUUGGCACUCAGUACAUUGCGGUUUCGAGGUUGUGCAAGCUGGAGCAGAAGCUGACCAUGCUCGUGACGAGUGACCUGUGGAAGGGGUGGGCCGUGGGGGACAGGAAGGAGGGGGCCGAGAAGUUUGCCAGCCAGGUGAUUGAUCCGACGUGGUGGAAGACUGCCGGCUUCUUUGUGAAGCUACUGGAGCUGUUUUACAAGACGAUGCGCAUGACGGACUCGACUGCACAUGGGAUGAUGGGUCGCAUGUACGACCUCAUGCUGCAGCUGACGGAGGACGUGGAGAAGGUGUUGGAUGGGGACGAGAAGCAUUUGACCAGGACAGACAAGGCGCGAAUCUCACGCAUUGUGAAGGAUCGCUGGGACAACAGCCUCGCGUGUUCCUUGCAAGUGGCUGGUCGGAUCCUGAACCCGCUCAACCAGGAUGAGGAAAUCUUCGGGGUUGAUGUGGAGUGCACCCGGGUCUUUAAGGAGUUCAUUGCACGCGCCAGUGACUACUACGAGCGGUACCCCGCCAUGAGUGGAGUGUCGGGGAGGGAUGUGGAUCUGGAGGCAGCGGUGACGGCGUACUUGGAGUCGAGGGGGAGUUGUGGGAUGCCAAAGGCCAGGGAGGCACGGGAGAAGGUGAAGGAGAAGAAGCAGACGAUGGAGCAGUGGUGGCUGUGGCAUUGCACUGAGUGGCCCGAGCUCGCGCGCCUUGCACGUCGUGUGCUGUCCCAGCCUGUGUCCGCCUCAUCAUGCGAACGGAACUGGUCCAUGUGGGAUUUGGUGCACACUGCAAGGCGCAACAGGCUGGGUUCAGUGAAGUGCCGUGUCCUUGUCUAUGUUGCGCACAACUGGAACGUUGUGCACAACUUCCACAAGGUCCCGGCGGAGGGGGCGGGGAUUGUGAAGGGGAACAUUCCCGACCCUCCAAUCCCCGAGGGGUAUAUUGUGCAGGAUGAGGAGGAGGAGGAAGAGGCGGAUGAGGCGGAGCAGAAGGUGCUCGAGGACGAGUACGAAGAGUACCCGAAGAAGGCGUAG